AGCAAACAUUCGCGUCUGCCCUGAGUUAAAGAUGAAUCGUGUGGUGCGUAAAAGACGCACAGCCAGAGGCACGGUCCAACGAAACCUUCACAAUGAGUCGACUGAAUAAAAAAUACACGCAACAUAAACAGAGUCCACCCCCCGCAGGAGAGCCUAUAAAAGCAGGAUGCGUCUGUGCAAUCCACGACCAACAGGAGACACUUCGAAAUUUGCGCCCUGGAGGACAGCUCGCUACUCCGCGUUGAGAUGAGAGGGUUUACUCUGAAUAACGUUUGCCAGUGUGGCUUAUUUGCGUAUCUUGUCUUAUUUUCUUUCAUGUCUUUUACCGCUGCAGUCAGUUUCGACCUGACUGAGCUUAGGAAUAAAGUUGCAAAAAUCAAAGUGAAUCCAAGAGGCAAUCUUUGGGCUACAGGACAUUUCAUGGGCAAGAAGAGCGUGAUGGAUACCCCCCUGCUGCCUUCAGCUGAGGGGCAGGGCGUUGAUGCGCUGGAAGUCACCCUGCCCGGGGAGCAGAGCGCUCUCGGGGAGCUUUUCCAAGAGUUCCUGCGGGUGGCCUUGCAAGCGCAGGUAGAUACACAAGAGAGCCGCUCGAAAAAUCAGGAGGCGGACUUGUUGAUGAAGAUUUUGGAAAGCUACGUCCAAAGCAGAAAGUGAUACAGCGGAUGAAAGUCUGGCGCGCAUGAACACGGAGCCGAGGUCAUCUGGCCUCAUGGGUUAAAAUAAAUCAAUUAGACACAGUCUACAGUCUCCUGCUCAUCAUGAUUGUAAUUUACUGUAACUGUCAUACCACUCAUGUGCCAUUUGCAAUACACGUAUAUUUUACAUUGUCUUGUCGUUUAAAGUUAUUUAUAUUAAAUAAAAUAAUUAUUUGCA